AUGCAAUUCAAAUACUUGGCUGUCCUAGUGGGUCUCGCCGGGGUGACUCUAGCAGCCCCAGCUUCUGGUUCUGACCCAGAUAUGAUGAAGCGAGCUGAAAAUGAACAAAAUAACAAUCAGAAUGGCCAGCACUGGGGCCCUGGCUGGGGUGGUUGGAAUGGAGGUUGGGGUCAUCCUGGUUGGGGCCAUCCCGGUUACGGAUGGGGUCCAGGUGGUGGCGGGCGAGGAUGGUGA